AUGACUGAAUGUAAAAUGUCUAGGUGUCGAAAGCUUACAACGAUUUCUCUUAAGCUUCCUUGGCUGUCGGUUCCCGAAGCGCCCUUCCCUGCGAGGGCUCCCCGUCGUCGGCGGAAAGCUCGAACUCUGCAAGCUUCCACAGUACGAGUAGAGUUUUCUGCAAAAGCCGAUCCAUCUGAUGUUAAAGUCCAAGAAUCCAUAUCCGUUGAAGGUCCGUCGAAGACCGCACCAGAGUCAGAAAAGGACGGCCCUGCAACGCCCCAGCCUUCCUCAGAAUCUAAUCUCAUCCAACCCACAACUCCUUCAUCUACCACUGCCUCUCAAACCGGAACCAAACCCCAACAUACUCCAGCGCAAACUACCGGUGCGCGGCAGGCUAUUCCAAUUGUUCCUAUCGUGCCAAUAAUUCCUUCCAGCCCCAGCACAACAAAACAACCACCCACCAGCCCUUCGAAGACCACCCCAACGACCCCGAAACGUGAUGGGCAAGUUUCGCUGAGACCCACCCCAGAUGAGACGCAGACAACGGAUACUGCACCUUCGUCAACGGAGUCCGCUAUCCCAACGCAGGACGCGCCUAAACCCACACCUCCAAUUCGAGCUCCCCCAAAAUCGUGGGCUGAUUUAGUACGAACCAAGGCGCCUCCAUCUGCUAGUAGCGCUUCACCCACGUCGACUAGGAUCAGUGAACUAGGGGUAUCUAAGGGCGAAUCUCUUCUUGAUGUUAUUAACCAUCUAAGCUCCAAUGCUGAACAAUAUGGUGACAAAAUCGCAUUUAUUGAGCCGCGCGGGCUUGUAAAUACUGGCAAUAUGUGUUAUAUGAAUUCAGUGCUUCAAAUUCUGGUAUUUUGUGUUCCUUUCUAUGAGUUUCUUGACAAAAUCGGUCGGCGUGCGGUUCAUACAUUUAAGAGCGAUCUUCCACUAAUUGAUGCUAUGAUCAUGUUUAUGCGAGAAUUUCGGGUAAUUGAUGCUGCAACCUCAGUUGAACAACUGAGGCUCCGAUUGAAGCAAAACGAAUUAGAGCAAUAUGGCGAGUCAUUCAUUCCAGAAUAUGUUUAUCAAGUCAUUAGACAUCUUCCGCGAUUUCGAGACAUGAGGACGCACAAGAGUUUCUUGGUUUCCUUCUUGAAGAGCUCCAUGACGAGUGUACGCAGGCAGCUAAACAAGUUUCAUCUACUGGAUCCGACAUUUCUACUCCUGUUGAAACCGAUUCCGCAUCCGCAGCAUCCGAACUCUCUGUGGAAGGAUGGUUGGAAGUCGGCCACAAACAGAGACCCGCAAUCACUCGAUCCUCAGGACACAUCUCUGCAGAAUCGCCAAUCACCAAAAUAUUCGGCGGCAAAACUCAGAUCAGAGUUUAGAGUGCCAGGAAACAAAAACUCCGUUACCCUUGAACCUUACCAGUCCCUUCAACUUGACAUUGGCUCUCCCCAAGGUAGCGGUCUUCCCAAAUACCGUCUUACGGGAGUGAUUUACCACCACGGCAAAAAUGCGAGCGGCGGCCACUACACAGUUGAUGUUCGCAGGCAAGAUGGUCGCGAAUGGAUCCGCCUCGAUGAUACCUCUAUCCACCGCGUCAGGAGCGAGGAAGUCGCGAAUGCUGGAAGUGAGGAAGACCCCAAGGUUCUUGCUGCUGCCCUUGAGCAGCAUAGGCUGGCAGAUAAUCCAGCGCAAGGCAAUAUCUUCGAACAAUUCGAUAUGGAGCACCUGGCGCAGCAGGAAAAUGAACAGGGAUGGAGCCAUGUCAACGGGCAAACAAGCGGCAGUGGUAGUGGCCAUGCAAGCAAGAAGUCCAUGGCUGCUGUUGUCAAUGGAACCACUUCGCCGUCGGCAGAGUCUUCGUCUGGCAAGCGGACGCCAAGUAGUAGUCGAUUUGGGGCUGGAGUUCGUGAGAACAAGGUUGCCUAUCUCCUCUUCUACCAGAAGAUCUAG